AUGUCGAACUCUAACUUGGCUUCUCUCCCUCCUUCUAUGUUUCACAAGAUUCUCUCUAAGGUAACAACAAACCAUAUUUGGGACUUCGGUAGUGCAAGAGUUGCAUUGCCCGCCUUCAAUCAAAUUGGCAGAGAAGAAUACUUCUAUAAAUCUGCAGAUCUUAUUCACUUUAAGGACUGGAUUGAUGAGGUUAAUGCUGUCAGAACAUACCUGCUUAAGUGCUACCAAGCCGGUAAUCCACAGGCCAUCUACAUGCGAGGUCAUUGGGGUUACGAAAAACCACAGAUCUUUAUGUCUAUAUUGGAAAAGAUAGAUUCCAAGAUCGGUUAUAAUUGCUGGUGCUCUGAAAUUAUACUAUGCAAUCGUUGUUUCUGGCAGUGUGCAGUUUGGGACUUCUGCAAUGAGAUUCAUUUGACCGUUACUCACUGGCCAAUUGAAGAUUAG